AUGACCGCGCUGGGGCAGUCCACGUCAAAUUUUCUACAGGAACUUUCUAGUUUAAUGUCACCCAUGAAGGCUUUGCGGGCCUCAGCUGGGACUUCCCAGCCAGUGCUGUCCAGUCAAGAGGUUCAGACCGUUUUCUACCAUGUACCUGAGCUCAGAGACGUUCACCAAAACUUCUGCUCUGGCCUGAAGGCCCGUCUGGACGCUCAAAGCCAAACGGAACUCGUUUCCAGUGAGGAAACAGGAACGGCAUGCAGGAACUCUGAGCUGGAGGUCGGGGACAUGUUUCUGAAGAUGAUAAACCAUCUCAGCCUGUAUGGAGGCUUCAUCGAAAACUACGAGAAAGCUGUUGAAGUUGUCAGAAAGUGCACUCAGUCAGAUCCUCGUUUUCGCACCCUCGCCGAGAGCCUGAUGUCCAACAACACUGCAGAUAAAACUCGGACAAAAUACACAUUAGAAGCUCUACUCUACAAACCUUUGGACAGAGUAACCAAAACCACAUUAGCACUGCAAGACCUCUUGAAGACGACGCCAGUGGAGCACAAAGAUUACGCAGUCUUGCAGGAAGUUCUGAGGUUGUCUCGUAGCUUCCUGUCUGGCAUCAACGAGAGUUCACAGAGUAAACGGGGAGUCACCCUCAGUCAUGGCAUGAGGCGUCAGCUGAUACGUGACGGCUUUGUGGUGGAUGUGAGUGAAAGUGUGCGCAGCCUGCGUCACCUCUUCCUUUACACCGACCUCCUUCUGUGCACCAGAUUCAAACAUGCAGCCAGAGGGAAACAGGACCAGUACAGGUUCUCAUGGUAUUUGCCUCUCGCCGGACUCAAACUCCACUGGGCUGCGGAUGAAGAGCGAUCACCUGAAGUAAACAUUCGCUUACACACCUUACGCACAAAGCUGUACCUCCUACGGCAGCAGCUGCAGCAAAACACGAAAGGUACCAAGAUCAUGGCUUUGGCUGCUAGAAACAAGAAGAAACUGGAACAAAUGGAGCUGAUGCUGCUCACAUACUCUCCAGUUUACAGAUUGGAGCUGCACAGCCCCAGUGGCAAGGAGCUGUCUUUUGAGGUGGACGGUGCAAAGAGCAUGAAGGUCCUUUGUGUGGCUCAGUCGGAUGGUCAGGAGGAUUCUGUUCUGGGAAAAACUUCUGUAGAGUUGGAGCCUCAAACCCUGAGCCAUCAGUGGAGAAGACAGACCCUGCAGCUGGGUCAGGUGGACGUGACGCUCUCUCUGAAGUACACUUCACACCCGCUCGAAGCGCCCAGCCUCACAGUUCAGCAACCAGUCGUCUUCGGCGUGUCGAUUGAAACUGUGGCCCAACAGGAGGGCGUGCUGGUUCCUCAUGUGGUGCGAUGCUGCGUGGAGGAGGUGGAGAGGAGGGGCUUGGACGAGGUCGGCAUCUACAGGAUUUCAGGAACCACCACAGACAUCAACAUGCUCAAAUCUGCGUUCAAUAGCAAUCUGCGGGAAGCAGUAACCAGAUUGAGAAGCGCAGAAGUCAACGCCGUCGCUGGACUCCUCAAACUUUACAUCAGAGAUCUGCCCGAGUCUCUGAUCCCAGCUGAGAUGUUUCAGAGUCUGGCAAAAACUCUGGGUAUCCAAGACCUAAACUCACGGUUGGCGUCCAUGUUGUCUCUGCUGGACUCCUGUCCUGACGUCAACCGGCACACCUUCCUCUUCCUCCUCCAUCACCUCCAACGAGUUGCGCAGAGGCAGGACAUUAACAAGAUGUCUUUGCUGAACUUGGCUACUGUUUUUGGUCCCAGCCUCUUACGCCCCCCAGUGGCCGGACUGGGCCACAAUGGGCCCACGGUGGACAUCUCUCAGGAGGUGGUGAUACAGGCUCAAGUAAUUUUCAGCUACCUGCAGUGCAAUAACCUCCCUGGAGCUCGAACCUCUAUACCGUACGACUCAGACCCUGACGAUGAGACCACCUACAUGUGA